AGAGUCAAGUGUAAAGACAAUUCAUUAUGGGAAACGAGAAGAUCAACAUGGCUUUAGAUGAUAUCAUCAAGAAGGACAAGAAGAGUUUCAAGGUGUCCAGGGGUGGUGCUGUCGUUAGAGGCCGAGGUGGAGCCCGUGGUAAAGGUAAACAAGCAGUAGUCAAAGCAAACAACAACAACAAACAAGGCCCAAAUAGUUUUAAGGGUGUCGCUAACAAUAACAGAGGCAAGAACGUUGCACGAGGUGGAGGUCGCGGAGGUCGCGGUGGUCGUGGUGGGAUAAACAGAGCCAACACUGCAAACACUUACACCAACAAACAGAGUCCCGUCAAAAGGUUAAACAACCGUGGAGGCAGUACACGUGGAAUUUCCAACAACCGGGGAGGAAAUAACAACUUCAAACGAAACAACAACAACAACAACAACCAGGGACAGGGUCAAAGAAACAACAACAAUAACAACAACUUAAGAAGCCACAAGUUUAAUAACAGGAUCCCCAACAUCAUCUUGAACUACUGCCCCAGUCCCCAAUACCCAAUCCCAAUGUUGGUAAGAAAAUCAGGUACGAUAUUUCCACGUAUCAAGUUCUACACUUAA